AUGGUCAGCUUUUCGAAGUUCGGCCCACUUGUUGAAGGCUUUGGAAUCGACACAGAUGGGCUCCUUUGGGUUUGGCCUACCUCUUCUCGGCCAGUGUCUGCAGAGCUCGUGUCGGUGUCCCUCAGACGAGAGGUGCGCUCCAGAUUGGCGAGUGUGGAAGAUCCAGGAUUCAUUUUGGUGGAAGAUGGUGAAGAGAUUGAAGUCUUGGUUCAAGAGGAGGCGUCACGGGAAGUCCUUGCAAGUGUCAAUGAGGUACAGGAAGUGGGCAUUUCAGAUUUGGGUGUGUCGUUCAAAGCUGGCAUCACUUGGGCCAUUGACGAUUCGGAUGCUGGCCAUCUCUGGCAAUUGAAGCGAGCAAAGUCCAAAGGCUCUUGGCUCGCUGAACGCUUUGAGUACUUGGCCCAGGUGUCCUGUUUCGCUUGUGGCCCGGAGCACCAAGCGGCCGUGACCAGCUACACUGUUCCGACCAGCCACAGCGAAGAGAAAGGCCUUGCUGUGAGCGAGCUGGGCGAUGCAUCGGGUGCGGUCGUCCGGGACGGCGCCGUCUGCGCCGUCCGGUCGGUGCCAUCCCUGCAGCAGGUGUGCGAAGAGAAGCUUUGUGCCAAGCUGAAUCCUCGAUCCUUUGGUCUGGUCUGUGACAUUGCUUGGGAACUGAAUCGGCCUGCACUGCUGGACCGUGCCUUUGGAUUCUUGUGUGCAAACGCACCUCUGAUGUUCUCCAAGCUACACCUGCCAACCUUGAGCCAACUUCCUAUUGAGGUCUUAGCAGCCUUUGAGAUGGCCGCCAAAGCCAAGCAAAAGUUGAAGGUGGCUAAGGUGACUGUCCCAAGCGAGACACCUAUUGAAAAGGAGGUGAGGAGGGAAUCUCUGCAGGAGGCUUGCCCUCAAGACUUUGGAUUUGAUAUUGAUUUGGAGGACCCGAUCUUGAGAGAGCUCAUCCACUUGUGCGAAAAUGGCCAAUGGUCCGUUGUGUCAUCUGCAGCUUUGUCACUGUUGGCUACUUCUAUGCUAGGUACUGCUGCAGGAGAGGGCCUCGUUGCCGAGAAGUUGGGCUUGUCAUUUGCCUUGUCCGAAAUCGAACGAGUGGAACUUGAAGCUGAGACAGAAAAGGAGGAGGCUCAGGCUCAAGGCUUUGAUUGGGUGGAGGUGAAGAAUGCCAAGCGCAAGAGCUCUGAUUCAAAGCCGAUGACUCCCAAAGUCAAAGCAGAAUCCCCAACUGUGCCCCCAAGCCAGCCAAGUCCCAAAGGUGUUCGGCCCGUGGGACGUGAGGUGAAGGGACAGGGCAAGACCUCAUUGAUGUCGUUAGAUGAUGGGCCCUCGCGGCAUCUCAGAUUGGCCGACUUCAUGCCUCGGAGCGGAAAAGGGAAGGAGGGAAAACGAGAGGCGAAGACGCCCGAAGCUGGCCCUUCAGCCAUUCUGGUCUCGGCUGUGGAGUCAGCUGGAAAGGAUGGGGCUUGGGCUUUGCCGAAUGUGGAGCAAAGUCCACUGUCUGACAUUUUGGAGGCUCAUUCAAAGGAGAAGAGCAAAACCAGCAAAGCAAAGACUGGGUCGAAGCCGACGCCGAAGGUCAUGACUUGCUCUUGGGGUCGGGAUGCCUUGCCCUCCGAACAGACGAAGAAUCAAUCCAUCUCGGAGAUUCAGCAGGAAGAAGAGCUUCUCCGUGAGCACGAUGAGAUUCUGGAGAUUGAGGCCAGGUUGUACCAAGAAACUGCGCUGGAGGUUGCCGAGAUCGAGGAAGCUCUUGAGCAGUCUCGUGUUGCCAAUGGUGAGCCUAAAGUGAGUCAGCCACAGGUGAAAAGCCAGAAAAAAGCCGAGCCGCGAUCCAAGAAACGAGCCGAAAGAUCGACUUCAGGCCAACUUGGCCGAUCUCAACAUUCCAAUCGCUCCGAGCGGGUUCUAGAUUGGUGGGCACAGAGCGACUGGUCUGGUUGGAGCUGGGACUCUUGGGACUCAGGCAAAACAGCUCGCUGGCAAAAACGAGACCCAGGCCGCCCAGGCCCUGCACCUGACGAGGCCACGCAAAGAGACGAGUGA